UAUUUGCAGUUUGAAUCAAUUAGAAAGAUAUUAAAGGGUGAUCAAGUUAUGAUAUCAGCUGAAACUGGAAGCGGUAAAACACUAGCUUAUCUUGUUCCAUUACUAGAAAAAAUAAAGCAAUUUACAGAGAAAUUUGAUCGAAAGAAAGUAUUUAAUUCACCAAUAGCUAUUGUAAUAUUACCAUCACUUGAAUUGGCAGAUCAGGUUGGGAAUGUAUUAGAUAGUUUAAAAGAUUAUACAGGGUUAAAACAUUGUGUUGAAGCCUCUCAGUCCAAAACAAGAAGAAAAAAGAUUUUUGAUGAAGAAUAUAUAGAUAUAUUAGUUGGUACACCUGGUAUGAUAGCUAGAAAACUUUAUCAUCAAGAAAUACACUAUACUUAUUUACAACAUAUAGUUCUAGAUGAGGCAGACACAUUACUAGAUGAUAGUUUUAGUCAUCUUAUAAUUAAAAUAUUGAAUAAAUUACAGGUGUCACAUGGAGAAGUUGUUGAAGAUAACAAUGUUGGUUAUUUACAAAGUGGUGCUCAGUUUAUAGUAGUUAGUGCCACAUUACCUAGAAAUUUACAGUCAACAAUUCAAAAAUAUUUACCUGUUGAUGAUAUGACCAAAGUAACGACUCCUCAUUUACAUAAAAUCAUGCCUCAUGUUCAACAGAAAUUUAUUAGAGUCAAGUCUUCUGAUAAGUUAGGUAGGAUUAUUUUCCUUAUUUUAUUAUUAAAGAAGAAGAAAAAGCCUUCAAUGGUAUUUUGUAAUAAAGGAGAAACAGCAUAUUGGUUACAGAAAACAUUCAAAGAGCAAAAUAUGAAUUGUUUGUUAUUGUCUGGUGGUGUUUCAGACAGGGAGAGAUAUGGACAGUUUGAACUAUUUCAGCAAGGUAAAGAAGAUAUAUUGGUGUGUACUGAUAUAGCAUCAAGAGGAUUAGACACUUCGAGGGUAGAACAUGUGAUCAAUUUUGAUUUCCCAUGUUUUAUGUCUGAUUACAUACAUAGAGCAGGUCGUGUUGGUAGAGUUGGGUCAUACCAACCUGGUUUUAUCACAAGUUUUGUCACCCAUAAAUGGGAUGUGGAUUUAUUAUGGAAAAUUGAGACUGCAGUAAGGAAACAAAGUGAACUGCACAAUGUAAAUGCUAAUAUCAAGAGAAAAUUAGAAGGAGUAGCAGAGAAAAGACUUGAUGAAUAUAGUAGACAGGAAUAA